CAGCUGAAUAGCGUACAAGACAAAUGCCAUGUAUGGCUCGGGACCUUGAGCAAUCUCAGGUCUCUUGGUCGCUUCUGAGAUCGCGAAGGAGUGCUCCAAUCGAAGCGAUUAUCGUGAGCACUUCUCAGUCCCGCACGAGUCCAGGGGAAACGCUUCCGGAAAAGAAAAGAAUUGAGCGAUGCCUCUGCCACCACUUCUUACAGGCCAUGUGUGUGCCAUUACCGGCGGUCUAACGGGUAUAGGAAGAGGUAUCGCUGUGCUCUUCCUUUCACAUGGAGCAAAAGUUGCCAUCAACUACCUUCCAUCACACAACAAGAACGAAGAGAACUUGCUUUCGUCCCUCCGAACCGAAGCAUUCGAUGCCAUCAAGAAUCGAUCAACUGCUUCCUCUGUAAACAACCUCGAAGACGUACCUCUACUGACCUUCGCUGGCGAUGUGUCACAGCCUGAAGCUGGUCAAGAACUUGUCGCUCAGACAGUCACAAAGUUUGGCAGAAUCGACACCUUCAUCUCUAAUGCUGGGAUCUGCAAAUUCGAAGAGUUCCUGGAGAUAUCACCCGACUCCUGGCAAAGACACCUCAACACCAACUUGUCAGGCGCCUUUUACGCUGUGCAAGCAGCAGCUCAACAAAUGACGAAGCAGGUACCUCAAGGUGGUUCCAUUAUUGGAAUUUCCAGCAUUUCCGCACUUGUCGGAGGUGCACAACAAUGCCAUUAUACGCCGACGAAAGCGGGCGUCUUGUCCCUCAUGCAAUCAACAGCUACCGCGCUUGGGAAGUACAAUAUCCGCUGCAACGCUCUUCUGCCCGGAACAAUUCGGACCCAGCUCAACGAUGAGGAUCUUGCGGAUGGGACCGACAAGAAGAAGUAUAUGGAAGGGCGGAUUCCGCUGGGACGGCUGGGCAAGCCAGAUGAUCUGGCGGGGCCAGCAUUGUUCCUGGCAUGUGGCGAACUGUCUUCGUAUGUCACGGGAGCGGCCAUACUGGUGGAUGGAGGAGCGUUUGUCAAUUUUCAAUAG